ACACCUGCCCUGUCUGGCCUUCCUUCAUCAUGAAGAAGAUCCUGAGGAAACUGCGAGAAAGAAUCACAUUCAAAGAUUUGCCGCCACCAUAUCGGGAAAAUGAAGUGGAAGCAAUUCAGCGAGAGAACUUCCAGCAGCAGAUUCCGGACCCGCCAUCAUGCGACGCUCUAGACUUGCUGGCAAAUUGCAAAAUAACGAGCGAACCUAACGACUCCGACACCCAGUCUGAGGUCGAAUACGCGGAAAUCGAAGAUAUGGGUGUGUGGCAUUCCACGCCAUUAUCACACAGACACAAGUCCAAAAUAUCCCUAACAUGGGUAUUGAAAGAGAACACAGACAAAGCUGAUAGGAAAAAGGAGGAGAAAAUAAAAGCUUUUUCUUACGAUAAGCCUGUUUCCAAAUGCUUUGAUAACAAAUAUGUUGCCAAAGAUAGAGUGGCUGGCCGUAAUGAAUAUUAUCAUAAUCUAAGGUUUAAGAGCGCUUGCGAAGUCUUCGCGAACCACCAGGACUCUUGUUCGGACUCUAGCGUCGGGACUGAGGAGUUUGUGAGAAGGAAACACAGACACAGACAUCGGAGAAGAAAAAGGAACAGCAAAUUCGGAUACGACAUUAGAGAUUUGGACACAUUUCUAACCGAGGCCACAAUAGACCACCCGGGCAACAUUCCGGUAGUGAUAGCGUUCCCCACCACGCUGUAUCAGACGCAGAAAGACCUGCAACGCGAGCUGACUUUGCCUCUGGGCACGGUACUGAACGCGGUGUUCAAAAACCAGCAGUGGCUGUACGCGCAAACACCGCAUGGUGAUGAAGGCUACGUGCUUUAUAGCGCAUGCUUGCCUUUGGGAAUAUUGCCUAGUAGGUCAUCCCUUCAAAAGAAAACACCUUGCUGGGAAAGCAGUACAGAUAUCUACCCGCGGCCCUGCAGUAACCUCACAGACAGCGAAAAAGAGCAUCUACGAGGCAGGACUCGAUCGGAAAGCCGGCACCGUCCGAGAACUAGACAAACCAAAACAACCUGCGCAGAAAAGGACUUUGAUAGCCUGUAUUUAAAAACUAAAUCCGUUUGCUCGAAUCUUGAUAGUGGAUAUAAAGAUAGUUCGGUCGACUUUAAACCGAAGUUGCAAAGACAGACUCUGUUGGUUGUGAAUUGUGAUUAUAAUGGUAGUUUUUUAAAUAGAACGUUGUCGGUGAAAAAGGGUGAAGUGGUCGUGCUAAUACAGGGCGGGGGAGAGACUGAUGUGGACUUGGAAUGGUUUUAUGUGAGACGGAAGGACGGAAACCAGGGAUUUAUUCCGGCAGCUAUUGCUGGGCAUGGGUAUAUUUGAAUUACUUAAGACUGUUUCUCAUUUCAAAACUUUUUGUGUUAUCACAGUAAAUUAAUAAAUGCUGUACGGGAACACACGUGCGUAACAGAACACUCACACAGAUGCAAACCUUUACUAGGCCCCAAAGCUAUUAUAUACAAAGUGUAAAUGAAAACCGAAAU